CGUGUAAAUAGUGGAAUUCUGUAGAUUACGCAUUUACGUCACGUACGUAACUAGUUACUGUUUCUUGACGACUAACAACUGAUUCGGGAGAUGCUUGCGGAAUGAUGGGUAGAAUUGUCCACUGCAGAACCUCACCAAGACGUUGAAACAGUGUGUUUUUCAAAGAAGCAGCCAAAACAGUUGGAACUGAGGAGACUGAGCACAUCAACCAAUCAUAGGACAGUCCAAGGUGGACACAGCCAAUCAGCAGACACAUGAAGAAUCAAUUUCUCUGUUAUAUGGAUGGCGGCCACAGAGUGCCUCAGAUCAGCUUCUGCAACCUUCAAUGGAUUCAGAGCGCCUCUCUCCAACACUUAAGAGUGACCAUAUAAGUGAGGGAAGAACAGGUGUUUGUUCGCUCCGUAAAAGUGUAUCAGUGGAGGCGCGGGACUCUCUUGCUGAGCUAAGAGAACAUGUGCACGAUGGGAGCUUGACUUCCCCCUUGCCGGGACACAAAACAUGGAAAAAAGCUGAUUAUGUGCAGGAGUCUGCUUCAGAUAGCCAUGCAGACUUUCCUGCUACAAACAAAGCAUCUUAUUCAAACAAGUACAGACAUUCCCCCUCCUCGUUGAUGGAAGCAACAUCUAGUGGGGUGACGGACAACAGGAAGUCCUCCAAGGCAAAUGAGGAGCUGGGGGAGGAAGAGAGAAGGAGGUGGAUGGCCUUCAGGCAGAGAAAGAAAACCAGUAGGGUAGUUGGUCUGCAUCCUGGUCGAAGGAAGCAAGCCCAGUUGGAGCCAAUCGUUUUAUCGAGUGAGGAAGACGAGCGGGAUGAAGGUGAUGAGAGCAGCCAGAUGGACAAAACCGGUCAGAAUAUAAUUCCUCAUCAGUUUCCAGGAAGACACUCUCUCCCAAGGCAAGACGUGGUCUCAGAGCUGCCUUCCUUCCUGGAACUGGACUUUUUGUUGCUUCACUGCGGCCUGACACGUGCUGAUGCCAAUGGAAAGAUGAUGAUUACAUCAAGUGGAAUCUUUCUACCUCUAAAAGGAAAAGAAGAAGGCGAGGUCAGUGUUGUGGCGUCACAGGUGCGAGGGUAUGGUUUAUGGGACGGUGAUGUAGUUCGAGGCGGGACUUUGCUUGAUGAACUGGAAGGGCUGACCCCCUCGCUGCUCAUUCUGUGGGUGACGGACGCUCAGGCCAACAUGUUACAGCGAGAGAUGGCUAUCCUUCACAACUCUACUGCCAAAGGUCCAGCCUGCUUCAUCCUGCUGCUGGUGAUGACAGAGCAGCUUUCUGACCUGCAGGCUGCACUGCUGGCAUCUAUGUUGGAGAUGACGGACUUCAGGGAGGGCCGCUCUUCUUCAGCAGAGCAGCCGACUUCUCCCCUGGACUGGAAUGAUGGACAGCUGCUCCUUCAGAGCUGCCCGCCACCUUUGGAUGAGCACCUCCUCGAUCUGCUGGGCCAGUUGCCAGUAAGACUAACUUGUCAGGGGAAAGUGCAAGUGGAGGUCCACCUCCUUCAUGUAAAAUGCUUAACUGCCAGUUGUUGGAGCAUCUUUAUGACGUUUUUGCUGGGCAGGUUGAUUCAGUAUCCAGCAGCACCUUCCAGAGGCCGUAUCACAGUAACUAAAGAAGACUUGUCCUGUCUGGAAAGAGGCGAAUUCCUGAAUGAUGUCAUCAUCGACUUCUACCUCAAGUUCCUCCUCCUGGAGGGUGGAGGCUGUGCUGUGGCGGAGCGCAGUCACAUCUUCAGCAGUUUCUUCUUCAAACAGCUCAGCAGAGGGCAAGUCGCUGAUGAAAGUAUCGCUGCUUUCCAAGAUCCAUACAUGAGACACCAGCGUGUGAAGACGUGGACUCGCCAUGUGGACAUUUUCAACAAAGACUUCUUAUUUGUGCCCAUUAAUCAAGACGCGCACUGGUUCCUGGCGGUGGUUUGUUUCCCAGGUCAGGAUGGUGUUCAUUAUGAGCAGCAAACAAGUGCAUCCAGGCUGGUCAGUCUGAGAUCAGAGCAGCCGCCGGCAUGUACACAGCAAGGCUGCACGAGGAACACUGUGUUGACACGGCCGUGUAUCCUGGUCAUGGAUUCUCUGAAACUAUUGCAUCAUGAACAUGUUUGCAAGCUUCUGAGAGAUUACCUGCAGGUUGAGUGGGAAGAGCGUAGGGAGCUGCGUCGUGUCUUCUCCUCAGACAACAUGCACAACUGCAGCUGCAUCGUCCCACAGCAGGACAACAGCACUGACUGCGGUCUGUACCUGUUGCAGUACGUGGAGAGCUUCCUUCAGAACCCUGUGGUGCACUUUGACCUACCUCCACAUUUGGUUAACUGGUUUCCACGACAUCGUGUGCGACAGAAACGUGAGGAGAUCCGAGCCUUGAUCAUGAGGCUACACAAAAGUCAGUCACAAGCCUAAACUUUCUGAUGAUUCACUGUAUAGUGUUUGUCUUCUUUGCCUUAAUGUUAUUUUAUUUAUAAAUCUUCAAACUCAAUAAAGUCUCAAUCAGCUA